UAAGGUUCCAGUUUUUUUUAAUAAUUGUAAAAGUAGAUUUCAUGUGCAUUUUUUGGAGGUUUUUAAAUUAAUUGUUGAGAGUGCCCCUUCUUCGAUGUGACACGUCACCCAGUUUACAACCCCGCUCUUCAACCCGUCCGCCGUAACCUGCGGCCAGGAACUUACUCCAUCCGGUCGGGCCCCGCCCGGACCCGCGCACGGACAUGACCCCACCACGUAAGCCCUAAAUAAGGAAUCCACAAACCCGAUCAAUCCCAUCGUGAGGAUGCCUCCAAGCGAGAUCAAAGCCACAAUUUCCAUCGUCAAGAAUCGAAGCUUCGAAAUCGAGCAGUUGGGUAUCGUCCCCAACUGUGGAUUCGGAGGAAACUGCACCGAAUUGGUGAGAUUGUGCUUGAAACCUCUCUUACUGGACUGCAAUGAAACCCUCUCCGGCGUGCCACAGAGUUUGCACAGGCACACGAUGGGCGUUGCUGAGCUUGAUUUCGAUGACACCGAAGUUGCGGCGUCGCACACGUCGCCGCGGAAGUCGCGAUUGUCGUCGCAAUUCGGAAAGGUGGAGUGUGGAAUCCGAGUUCCUGUUGUUCAAGACCCACAAUGGAAUUUCGUGUUUUUCAUCCUUUUCGCCGCACUGUCCUAUGGUCUCCAUGGUCGAGGAUUUUGAUGCAAAACCACAUGGAUCAGCGCUUUGCCUCUUAGAAUCUCUCGUUGGCGCCUUUUUCACGCCUUCGUGAGAUGCACCAAAACAUACAACUCGGUUUCUGAUAGAAUUUCGUUUAAUCAUCGGAGAGACUUGAGAAUCUCUCGAUUCCUGCAAGUCCCUGAACUUUGCAAAUCCCGUGUUCUUGUCGUUGGUAUGGGUGGUGAGUUUCCUUCUAACUGUCGCCAUGUUACUGUGUCUACUUCUCAUUAUCGUUGUUGAGACUCCUCGCCCA